AUGAGUAAGAUCAUCUUCUACGAGGACAAGAACUUCCAGGGCCGCUCCUAUGAGUGCAACACUGAUUGUGCUGACAUGCAGUCACACUUCAGCCGCUGUAACUCCAUCCGGGUGGAGAGCGGCUGCUGGGUGUUAUACGAGCGCCCCAACUACAUGGGGUACCAGUAUGUGCUGACCCGCGGCGAAUACCCAGAGUACCAGCGCUGGAUGGGCUACAAUGACUGCAUCUGCUCCUGCCGCACCUUUUCCUAUACUACCGACGGGGCCUACCGCAUACGCAUCUAUGAGCGUCCGGACUUCCAGGGACAGAUGAUGGAGUUCAGUGAUGACUGUGAGUCUGUCCACGACCGCUUCCGCUACCGAGACAUCCACUCCUGCAACAUAAUCGAUGGCUACUGGACCUUCUACGAACACCCCAACUACCGGGGGCGGCAAUACUUCAUGAGGCCUGGAGAGUACAGGAAGUUCAGUGACUGGGGCGCUACCUGUGCCACCAUCGGCUCCUUCCGCAGGGUCACAGAGUUCUAA